AUGAUCUCUCGCGAGAGUCGCUCAGAAGAAAUCCAGGGCACUGAGGGCAGACCGAAACGCCAGCGGAAGCGACGCGGCCUUGGUGAGGUGAACUUGACCCCACCAGAAUCCUCUGCUUCUUCGCAGGCAAGCAUCUACAUCUUGACGCACUGGAAUCCUGCUGUUCAAGAAACUCAGCUAACCGUGAAUGUGCAGUCCAAUCUCGACUUUGCGUCUGUUGUUGCCAGGCAAGCCCAAGCCCAGCUGUCAAUUGAGACAACCACGGCCUCCGAAAUGGCAGCGUCUCAAACCACCAGUAUUGAGGAGAAGAUCGAGAAGAUUAGGGAGAAAGCACACGAAUGUGGCACGCCGGAGGUUCUUGAAUUGAUCAUCCGGGAGAUACGUGCCCUGCGCAGGGAGUAUGACCAAGUUGAUGCACGGUUGGCGUUGAUGGAAAGCUGGAUCCAUUUCGAAAACACACAGACCAAGAAUGAGACCGAGGAAAGCUUGGCUCAAGAUCAGGGACAAUCCGACCACCAAGAUGCGGGAAGGGAAGACGACUCGUUGGUGGACCCUAGUCUGUGUCUUGACCAAGUGAACAAGGCUGAGGACUUCGGCCUUGAGCAAUGA